CCCUCCAUCGGUGUCCUCCCCCGAUCCCCCUCUCUCUGGGAAGGCCCUUGGAUCCCUCGAUCUCCAAGGCCUUCCUUCCUUCCAUUGCCAUCGCCAUCGACCGUCUCCCCGUGGUGGCCCCGUGCCCCUCUCCGGUCGGUCGCCUGAGCAAGCCAACCACUAGUCGGCCGGUCACGGUCCCCUGCUCCGCGCCAGCCGGCCGGUCGGGUUUCAUCUGGUGCGCGGCCACGGCGAGCCCGGGCAUGGCGUUCCACGAAGUGGAGACGCCGCGACGGUGCUGAGACGCCGGCGCAUGGUCGGCGCGCAGUGACGGCGGCCGGCGGCUCGGUCCGUGCGCGCGUGCGUGCCCUGCGUUCUUGCCCUCGUCGAGUCGUCGCUCGCUCGCGCCCCACGCCGCCGCCCGGUCGGCGCCCCCGCAAGGUCGCAGCCACGGGGAGGCGCGGAGGGAAAAGGAAGAUGAGCUGCUUUCCGUGCUUCGGCGGCGGAAAGGGCGAGAAUGACGACGCCGACGCGGACAGCCCCGGCGACGCGGGGGCCCCGGCAUCCAACAUGACGCCACCCGCGACGGUGCAGGCGCCCGCCGCGUACUCCCCGGCUCCCGCGGCCGCUCCAGCAGCCGCGGCGUCGGCCAAGCCCGGUGGCGCGAACCAAGCGCCCGAAGCUUCUUCCGCCGACGACUCGUCGCUGCGGCAAGCCAUCACGGGGCAGGCAUUCGCGUUCCGCGAGCUCGCCGCGGCCACAGACCAUUUCACGCCGUACAACCUCGUCGGAGAAGGCGGCUUCUUCCGGGUGUACAAGGGCAAGCUGGAGAAGAGCGGCCAGACCGUGGCCAUCAAGCAGCUGGACAAGCAUGGGUUCCAGGACAACAACGCGUUCCUGACCGGGGUCGCCAAGCUCAGCCAGCUCCACCACGAGAACCUCGUCGAUCUCAUUGGCUACUGCGCCGACGGUGACCAGCGGCUGCUGGUGUACGAGUCCGUGCCCGCCGGCACCUUAGAAGACCACCUGUUCGAUCUGCCGGAGGACAAGAAGCCGAUGGACUGGUGCACGAGGAUGAAGGUGGCGCACGGCGCGGCGCAGGGGCUGGAGUACCUGCACGACACAGCGAGCCCGCCGGUGGUGUACGGGGAAUUCAAGGCCUCGCACAUACUCCUCGACGAGAACUUCACGCCCAAGCUCUCCGACUUCGGGCUCGCGGAGCUCGGCAAGGCGGGAGGCAGCAUGCCGGUGGCGUCGCCCAUGAUGGGCUCCUUCGGCUGCUGCGCGCCGGAGUACGACCGGACCGGGCAGGGCACCAUGAAGUCCGACGUCUACAGCUUCGGGGUGGUGCUGGUGCAGCUCAUCUCCGGGAGGAGGGCCGUCGACACCAGCAAGCCGGUGGACGAGCAGAAUGUGGUCACCUGGGCCAUGCCAAUGUUCAAGGACCAGAAGAGAUACCAUGAGCUGGUUGAUCCACUCAUAAAGAAGGAAUACGCUGCCAAAGCGUUGAACCAGGUGGUCGCCAUGGCUGCGAUGUGCUUGCAGGAAGAGGACUCCGUGCGACCACUGAUGGCCGACGUCGUCAUGACGCUGGGCUUCCUCACGGCGAUGCCGCCGGAUCCACCGGCCCCUGCUGCUCCACCUGCCGCCGCCGCCGCCGACCCAGACCCGAAGAAAGACAAAGAAUCGGAUCAUUCAGACGACUCGUCGUCUUCUUCGGAGGACGAAGAGGACGAUGAGGAGGAGGAAGCCGAGGAGCAAUGAUAAGGGCAUGCAGGUGUGUGUUCGAAUGUGGAAGGCCACACAGAUGAUGCAGUAGCUUCGUGCACUUUGCAUGUAAGGAGCUAAAAUAUGUGGACGGUGGACCGUGGAUUAUCAAUCCUUGGGGCUACUUGGUGGCUGUGGCAGUGUAAAUUGGGGGUGUUUAUAAGUGAGUAAUGUUUUUGUUGUGAUGACGAAACAUCGAAAAUGUGAGCUUACGAGUUAUACAUACUGAUGGGUUACACAUUUUGGCAA